CACCCAUUUCUCUCUUUUCCUGUCUAAGAUGCAGAUGGGGCAUAUUUCGUUGACUCCAUCAAUCCCUGCCCCCACGCAUUAGCACAUGCACACGUAUACCUAGCCAGUGGAAAAGAAAAAAGAGUUACUCACAUUCAUCCAUUUUACAAAGAUUUCCAGGCUGCAAUGGGAGGGUUUUACCUCUCCCUGAAGGAUGAAUAAAUAGGUAGCUUUACUGACAACCUGUUCACAAACUGAAGUGAAAACCAAGACCAAGGUCUUGCCCUACUGGCACUUAUGAGAUCCAGUCCUGGCAACAUGGAGAAAAUAGUCAUCUGCCUGAUGGUCAUCUUCUCAGGCACAGUGGCCCAUAAAUCAAGCUUCCAAGGACAAGAUCGCCUCUUGAUUAGACUGCGUCAACUUAUAGACACUGUUGAUCAGCUGAAAAAUUAUGUUCAUGACUUGGACCCUGAAUUGCUGCCAGCUCCAGAAGAUGUACAGAGACACUGUGAGCAGUCAGCUUUUUCAUGUUUUCAGAAGGUCGAACUAAAGUCAGCAAAUACGGGAGACAAUGAAAAUAUAAUCAAUGUAUUAAUUAAACAGCUGAAGAGGAAACUACCUCCCACAAAUGCAGGGAGAAGACAGAAACAUGGGAUAACAUGUCCUACAUGUGAUUCGUAUGAGAAAAAACCAAUCAAAGAAUUCCUAGAAAGACUGAAAUCGCUCAUCCAAAAGAUGAUUCAUCAGCGUCUCUCCUAGAAUACAAGGAAUAUGAAGGUUCCUGAAGAUCUCACUUGAAGCUGGACACUAUAUCAUACACUCUAACACAGCAGUGAAACUCACUUCUUGGUAUUCCAAAUGGAGGAGUACAAUAUUUUGGUGAUGGGGAAAAACUCAGAUAAGUGUUCAAAGCCAGGGUUAUUUCUCCAAAAUCACUAUGCAGUACUUCAGUUUGAUCCACAGGCUCUGCUUGGUCAACUUGAAAAAUCUUUCUCCUCAAUUAGAGUCUAAUUUCCUGUGUGAUAGAUUUCUAUGACUUCUAAAGUUUUUACUUCAUCUUACUUCUCAACUAUGAAAUUUCUUGGAGAAGCUCAAAAGUAUUAAGCAAAAACACAGACUGGGAAUUUAUUGAUCUUAUAUUAACCUUGAUCUUGAUAUGACAAGAGUGAGGUUUCUGCUGAUCAAAACUUAAAAGUUGUAAAGCUUUACUCGACCUGAAAAAUAUAGAAGCAUGGGGUCAAAAUCAAAGUUGAAGCCUUUAUUCUUUUAAGGAAAUGAAAACUGAGUGCUUAAAACCUGUAUCUGAAGAGGAAGAGGUUCUUAUCUCAGAAUGUCUAACAUAUAAAUCUGUGGUUUAUUUAUGUACCAGGGGAAUAGCUUUACCAAAUGUCUCCAAAAAGACUGACUUUAUUGAGCUUUAUCAAAUAUUUAAAUCCUAUAGAUAUGAAUGUAUUUAUGGAAUAGACUCUUUUAGUCCUGUUUUUUCCUCUAAGUGGUGUACCUUUCCCAAUUCAAGUUUCUUUAAAAGCUAACAUUCUAAGCCUGUGGAAAUGGCAGCUGAAACCUGUAGAGGGUCAUAUAUUAGAUGGUCUUCUGGAAUCAAACAGAAUUUUAAAAAGUCUUGUAGCUCUCGUCUCAAAUUGUUAUAAUUAUUGUAUGGGAGCGAGCCAAUAACACCAAAUGUCUAUUUCCUUCUUUCUUCCUUUCCUUUUUAAAAAUUCUUUUUUGACAGACACUUUGUGUUUUCAUGCUUUGUAUAAGGCAAAUUCAUCACCUAUAUGAAAUCAAAAUCAGGAGACAAAUCAGGAGUCCGGGACUCCUGUCCUAGUAGAAAACAGACUUUUGCAGAAGCAUCCCAAUCUUUCAACCAUGGGUAGGAAAACAAGCAACCUGCUCUAACUGCCGUUUCAUAUCAGCUCCAGCAGUCUAUUUAAAUAUAAAGUUAAAAACGCUAGAAAAAUAAAAUUUUCACUAGAAUAUUAUAAGCUAUUUGAGAAUUUCUUAUUGUUAAAAUGGCUGUGAGUGUGCAAGAGGAUGUUGAAUGGAAAAUGCUAUAUGCUCUGAAAAGAAAAAUGAUCUACUUAUGAAUAUUU